UAAUCAGCUCGAUCACACAAGGCGCAGGGACGCAUUGCUCCUGUUCCUGGACAUCAGGCCUUGAAGCUCACGCCGGAUUCAGAUAAUGACUCCGAUGUGUUCGCAUGCUGCACAAGGCCGGACCUUGAAUGAAGAAGGAGACAGUGGCUCUUCCAUGCUUGCGAUCUUGGACGGUAUAUGCUGCCACAGCUUCGAUGUGCGCGGAAGUCAUGAGCGCACACUCACAUCACCGGGCGCUGUCUCGAACGUCGGCGAAGAAGCGAGGACACAGUAUCUACAACGAUGUCCCAAGAUAAGAGGUUCACCAUGAUCGACUACGGCACGGAAUUGGGUGUCAGAGGAGCGCUGCCAUCGGUUGACAUGUCCGAAGCUGCUUCGAUCGGGACUACCAUUCCCUUUCCGCGGUCUGAUUCCUGGGCUGACCUCAAGAACCUGAUCCUUUAAUGAC